GCUCGUCCCAAUACAGCAGGGUCUCUGGCCUGUGACUGCUGAAGCUCCAGGGUUUAAUAAAUGUAUCCUGUGAGGGUCUUAUCCAGACCAUGGCCUUCCAUUGCCCGUACAUCGCAUUUUCCUUGCUAGACGUGUCAUUGGAACAUCAACUUGAGGAGGAGUCAUCAGCUUCUCUAUCUCAUCCACUAAAGUGCUUGGCAAUGAAGAAGUGCUUCCAUUGGGAUGUUUUCCUUCCUCCUCUACCUUUUGUGACGAAUCAUGGCUGCAAAUCUUGAACAACAGAUCAUCCAACUGAUUGGCACUUUCAAAAAGUACGCCGGCAAGGACGGAGACAGCUCCAGCCUGAACCAGGCUGAACUGACUGAAAUGGCCAUGAAGGAAUUCCCCUCUCUGUGUAAAAACGAAAAGAAAGAUGAAAUUCUGAAGGGGGUCUUUGGCAAGAUGGACAUGGAUGGGGACAAGAAAGUCACCUUUGAUGAAUUCGCAAUGUUCUUCUGUUUCAUCACCAUCGCCCUAGAGGGGAAUUUGAACAAGUGAAUAUUGUUGUAGAUUUGCUCUACGUUUGAUGUCAAUAAAACUGUCAGUUUGUA